UUCAUACAAGAUGUUAUACUUGCAUCACGUAUAUGAGAAAUUCGCGUUUACCUCCCUAACUAAUUGUUUUAAUUAAGUAUCCUUAUCGCUCUACAGCAUUACAUUAAAAUAAUGUUUUAUUAACUUUAAUCUUUAUUGUACAACGAUUUAGUAAGAGAUUAGUAAAUUUUGACCAAGUAAAAUUGUGCAUCAUUAUCGUUGCUCAAUGACUUAGAACUGAGUUAGAACAACUAACAAUUCUUCAGUGUUUCUGAGAAUUAGUUGGUUACAGGUGUGACACAAUCGCGUUGCAUUGUCAAAGAUGCAAUGCAGCGUGUGUCGACACUAGCACCGACAACUGACAUAGCUAUUGCUAGAAUCGGUGGGGCUACUGAAUUGGCGCAAUCGAUCCCCUAUGAAAUAUCCGUCUCGAGCGGAGAGCACACACAAUAAACGAACUACACUACUUUCGUAGAAAGGUGUUUUUUACUAGCCAGAACCUAUCAAUCUCUCCUGAGAUUAGAAAGAUAAUGACAGCAUGGAACAGAACCAAAUUAAUUGUAGACAGCACAGAACAAAACCAACCAAAUUGUAGAGUAUAGUAUAGUAUAGUAUUAUCCACUAAUGUCUAUUAGAGAUCGAGUGGUUGUGGAUGUGGUUAUGUAGUUUAUGACAAUGUUCACAUAGUAGUUCUCAGCUUAUCUCUUUUAUCAAAUUUUCUUACAUGUAUGAGUACGUAUAAGUUUUUGCGUUGGUUGGUUUAUAUCUAUAUAGUUUAUAUAUCUUGAGUUCAUUGAGCAAGUUUGUUAUAUCGCAUGCGCAUAUUGUAUCAAUCUAGAGAGAGAGCGCAAUUUUUGAUAUUCAAGUUUGACGUUGUCAAUGUCACAAAAUAUGAAGAAAUACGAAAACUUUAAGAUGAAGAAAUAUGAGAUUUUAAAACAUAUUGGUGAAGGAUCGUUUGGUCAAGUGUAUAAAGCCAGAAAACGGUCAGAUGGUGAAAUCGUGGCCUUUAAAAUGAUAAGAAAGUCUGGUAGAACAUUUAAAGAGCUAAAAAGUCUGCGCCAAGAAUGUGAAAUUCAACGUCAUCUACAUCAUCCAAAUAUUAUUCAGAUGAUAGAUUCGUUUGAAACAGAAAGUGAGAUAGUAGUUGUAACGGAAUAUGCAAAUAAGGAACUUUAUGAUUUAUUGGACAAAGAAGGUAGAUUGUCUGAGGAAAGAGUUCAAGUAAUAGCUUGUGAUUUAGUAUCAGCUUUGUAUUAUUUACACACCAAUCGAGUGAUGCAUAGAGAUCUCAAGCCACAAAAUGUUCUCUUAGAAGCAAAUGGUGUGGCUAAAUUAUGUGAUUUUGGAUUUGCUCGUAGUAUGAGUACUGGUACUCAUGUACUUACUUCAAUUAAAGGCACACCCUUAUAUAUGGCACCAGAAUUAAUAGAAGAAUAUCCUUAUGAUUUUAAUGCUGAUUUAUGGUCUUUGGGUUGUAUAGUUUACGAAUUAGUAGUGGGUUCUCCUCCAUUUCAAACUAAUUCGAUAUUGCAUUUAAUUAAGUUAAUCAGGUUUGAAGCAAUAAAGUGGCCAGAUUUUAUUUCCCCAAAUUGUAAAAGCUUCUUACAAGGUUUACUGCAGAAAGAUCCUUCUCAGCGACUGACUUGGCCAGCUCUUCUCAAUCAUCCAUUUGUAAAAGAUCGAAUCAUAAUAGUAGGUGAUGCCGCACCUAGUUCAUUUACAACUCCAUUAUCUGCAAGUCAAGCAAGAGCAAAGCAACAGCAAUUACAAAGUCUGGCAAUGCGUACUGCAAAUCAAUCUAAAAUUGUAGAAAAAGCAAUACAAAAACUAGAAGAGCAAGAGAGGAAACAUCACGAGUAUCGCCAGCGAACGUGUAUCUCUCAGCCGGGUUAUCCUAUGACUCUUCCUUAUUGUCAACAUGGAAUGAAUCAUUGUCAGACAUUGCGUCGUAGUGAACCAAGCGGCACUGACUCCAGCGCUAGCAUUGAUGUACUUUUAGGAAACCUCAGUCUCAGAGCAUCUCUGAGAAGUGAUCUUCUAGCUGCUGAUCACGUUGUCUGUCAAAGUGAUUGUCCAAAUAAUGCAAAUGUACCACAUAAUUUCUCAUUAAUGGAAAAUCAUCCAAAACCUGUUCAAAUGCAAACGGAUAAUAACUGUUCUACAAGACAAUUAGAUAAUAUAAAAUACACUAAUGCUCAGGGUGAUGGAAUCAAUGUCGGUCAACAGACUGAAAAAUUGUCAAAUCAUAUAAAUCAAAUGCAUGGCGAUGGCGAUUGUAAGCAAAGUUGCUUGAGUAUAGAUUAUGACCAAGAAUUUGGUAAGAAAAAUAUAGCUGAGAAGCAUGUACGAUUGCCAGAUUGGGACCUAAGGGCUGUAGAAAGGCCAAUCGAAAAUGAAGAAUGGAUUGCAUUUCUACAAAGGUCGAUGGAAGAAGUUAUGGAUGGUGAAAUCGACUCGUUGUUACAACAAAACUGUGUAUCUGUAUUUGUUUCCCCUCUGAGAAAUCCGGCAGCUGAUUAUCGAGUUGUUGAAUAUGUAACUUGCUUAUUAUCCUUGCCAUUUACAGUGUCGAUCAAUAAGGAGAAUCUCGAGAAAAUUGAACGAGUUUAUUUAGAUGUAAGAGUCGUACCGAAUCUUGUUUAUGCUAUAAAGUUAUUAAUGUCCGAACGUUCCGACAAUGAAUCGAACGCAGCAAAUACUGCGAAUGCGGAUACAAAAUCAGCGUCUUCUUUAUCCGCGGAUGAGCUCCAAGCACUCGAAUGUGCAAUGUUGGUUCUUUGUAGAUUGGUUUAUGUUGAAGAUCAAUUUCUCAUGCAGUUUUGCGACGCUAUUUAUAUCGUAAAUGGCGUGCCACUUCUACAGCAAUUAUUAACUUUGGAGAAAAGAAAAGCCAGAGUUGUUGGAGAUCUUAUUGCGAUUUUAAAUAACAUACUGCGAUCUCAGCCUGAAAAUGCUGAACUCGUAGAACGAGUUGUAUUGCGCACACAAACUUCUGGAGCCUUAGUGGAACAGCUCAGCAAACUUCUUAAUCAUCGACAAGCUGUAUUACGAUUAAGAACGUGUACCAUGAUCAGAUUAUUGGGUAGAUUUUGUUGUAGAGCGCUACAACAAGUGUGGGAUAGAUCAUUAAGAAAUUUUAUAGAAGGUUUAACUGAAGAUGAAGAUGAACAUGUACGACACGCUGCGGAAGAUGCUAUAAAUGAACUGAAACAAUUAACGUAUUAUAAUCAGAAAAAUCCUCCUGCCAGUUAAGUGCCUUAGAAUGAAAUAAGCUUUUAGAAGUUCUCAAGGAUCAAUGCCAGUGCUAUUAUUGUGUGUGUGUUGUGUGUGUGUGCCUUAUAAGAUAUCAUACAUGUAAUAGAAUAAGAUUGCGCGCGAAUACUUUAUUUUUAGAUAAACUAAUACUUACAUUUAAUU